AUGUCACUCGAGCGAGAGAAGCCCGACCCUUUCGCAUCUCUUGACGGCCGGGAAGCAUCGGUGGCCAUUGGAGACGGCACCGUCACAGUUGUAUCGCUCGAAGAUGCGGACGAAGCACUGUCCUUCUUGGAGAAUCACCCUCAGUCCCUGGAGAUCGCAGAAUCUGGCAAUGCGAUUCUGGAGGACCCCGUUCAGUUGAAGAAGUUGGUCAGGAAGAUCGAUCUUACAAUCGCUCCACUGCUGGCGGCCGUAUACUUCCUCCAGUUCCUGGACAAGACCACGUUAUCCUACACGGCUGUCAUGGGGAUACGGACGGACACACACCUGAAGGGGCAGGACUAUUCGGAUUUGUCUAUGCUGUUUUACAUCGGCUUUCUGGUGGCAGAGUUCCCUACGCAAUACCUGGCACAGCAUAUAUCACGAUUGGGAUUGUAUCUGGGCAUAAACAUCAUGAUAUGGGGGCUCAUCCUGGGUUUUCAUGCUGCAUGUACGACAUUUGCAGGGCUGGCAAUUGUUAGGACUCUACUGGGUAUAUUUGAGAGCUGUGUUGCCCCGAUUCUGAUAUUGAUCAUUGCAAUGUGGUAUAAGAAGGAAGAGCAAGGCCGACGCGUGUCUUGGUUCUAUGUCUGUAACGCCCUCACUCAAAUCUUUGGUGGCUUCGUCGCCUAUGGAGUUAGCUUUGCCAACACGAGGUUCGCGAGCUGGAGGAUCUUCUACAUUGCCAUUGGGGCUUUGACCAUGGUCAUUGGGCUAUUGGUCGCCCUGUUUUUGCCAGACUCGCCCGUCAAGGCAAAAAGGUUCACCGAUGCCGAGAAAGUUGCUGCGUUGCUGCGAGUCAAAGACAAUCAAAGUGGGACACAAAACGCUCGCAUCAAGAGAGACCAGGUCUUCGAGACUUUCAGAGACUCUCGAGUAUGGCUGAUUUGCCUCGCUACCAUGCUAAGCUCCAUUCCUAACGGCGGACUUUCCAACUUUUCGAGUAUCCUCCUGACCACCUUUGGCUACACAUCUCAGCAAGCACUCAUCCUCAAUACCCCCAGUGGCGCGAUUGGUGCAGUGUGUGUGCUGCUAGUGGGCUACCUAUCCGACAAGUGGCGAGACAGAUCAGUGGUCAUGCUGAUUUGCAUCCUUCCAACCAUACUGGGUGCGGGUCUGAUGAUAGGUCUUGAUCCUAACGGGAUCCCUAAGAACAAGGCGGGCCUUCUUGCUGCAUCCUUUCUUACGGGAACCUUUGGAGCCGCAUUCAUGCUGUUGUUGGCUUGGAACGCAUCGAAUAUCGCAGGUCACUCCAAGAAAGUCACCGCCAACGCCCUGACAUUGAUAGCAUUCUGUGUGGGGAAUAUAUUGGGAACACAAACAUUCCAAGCGAAGCAGGCGCCUGGAUAUAUCUCUGGCAAGAUCAGCAUCAUUGCUACCUUAUCGGCGCUGUGUUUUGUGGUUGUAGUAAUGAGGGUGUCGAAUGACUGGCUGAACAGGAAGAAUCAGAGAGAACUGGCGGGUAUGAGUGAGGAGGUGAAGACGGUCUUGAAAGACAAGAUGGCCUAUGCCGACCAGACUGAUCGGAACAACGUCUUCUUUGUGUAUACGCACUAG